CACUUACUCAGAAACUUAAUUUUUUUGUCGGUUAUCUACUUCCUUUUCCACGUACGAGUUCCAGAUUUGUUCAUGUAUUUCUCCCUAACUUUGAAAAAGUCUAAUACCAAAAUAUCAUUUGUCUCUUAUGCAGACUUGAAGGAGCGGCUUGAGAGGUCCAGACUGCCUGAAAGUCUGGAAAAUUCAGAUACUUUUGAAUAUGGCUUUAGUCCAUCAUAUUUAAAAGAAGUUAUUGAUUAUUGGAAGAAUUCGUACGACUGGAAGAAAUGGGAGAAAACUCUGAACCAAUUUCCCCAGUUUACAACAUCACUUGAAGGCUUACGAGUUCACUUUAUCCACGUAAAGCCUCCACCUGGAAAGUACAAAAAAACAUUCCCACUUUUAAUUUCGCAUGGGUGGCCCGGAAAUGUUUUUGAAUUUUACAAAAUUCUGCCUAUGCUAUCUGACCCGAUCACUUAUCUCGGUCAUUCUUCAGAUUAUGCAUUUGAAGUUAUUGCACCAUCUAUUCCUGGCUUUGGCUGGUCCAGCCAUCCAGCAAAGAAAGGCUUUGAUCAGUGGGCAGUAGCAAGGAUUUUUCGAAAACUGAUGUUGCGUCUAGGCCAUAGAAGGUUUUUUGUUCAAGGUGGCGAUUGGGGAGCAGUAAUUACGAAGAAUAUCGCUAUCUAUUACGCAGAAAGCGUUCUGGGCCUCCACCUAAAUUUGCUACAGGUACCCCCACACUCGAACUUUAGAGCUGCAGUUCUCACGGUUCUCGGAUUCCUUUUGCCUCCAGCUACUCUCUUCAGUCAUCCUGGUUCAUUCAUAUAUGGUAUUGGUGGAGUGAAGGAUCUUUUUUUGCAGGAAACUGGUUAUUUUCAUAUUCAGGCAACGAAACCAGAUACAGUAGGUAUUGGCUUGACAGACUCACCGGCUGGGCUAGCUGCUUAUAUUUUGGAAAAGUUUUCUACGGGGACUGCUCGACAUAAUCGUUACUUACCGGAUGGCGGGCUUACGAAGAAGUUCUCUCUCGAUGAGCUUUUAACUGUAGUGACAAUUUAUUGGAUCAAUGGAAAUAUAGUUUAUUCUCAGAGGUUCUACAAAGAGUAUACUUUUAGGGCUUAUGUUAGUGUACCAACGGGUUUAGCCGCAUUCCCAAACGAAAUGUUAUAUGGAGCACAACCAAAGGAAAUCCUACAAACUGCUGUGAAUCUAACAAGAUAUACAGAGAUGAGACGUGGAGGACACUUUGCUGCACUUGAGGAGCCGAAAUUGCUUGCUAAGGAUGUUUUUGAUUUUGUUGAUGAAAUAUUAUAG